AUGUUCAGUUCAAUUAAGGCUGCUAGAACGCCAUCGAAUACAAAUGUAUUAAGACGCUGUUUUUCACAAGGUUAUCAGUUGAAGAAAUCUCAGGCUACCGGUGUUGUAUUUAUGAACAUGGGUGGUCCUUCCACUGUGGAAGAGACUCAUGAUUUUCUGUAUCAAUUGUUUGCUGAUAAUGACCUUAUUCCUAUUAAUAAGCGGUUUCAGCCAUUAAUAGCAAAAUAUAUUGCUAAAUUUAGAACCCCAAAAAUUGAACAACAAUAUAAGGAAAUUGGUGGCGGUUCACCUAUACGUAAAUGGUCAGAAUAUCAAUCUUCAAGAGUUUGUAAAAUGUUAGAUGAAAUUAGUCCCGAGACUAAACCACAUUAUCCUUAUGUAGCAUUUCGCUAUGCUAAACCUUUAACUGAUGAAACUUAUCAAAAAAUGUUAGAUGAUGGUAUCACUAGAGCUGUUGCAUUGACUCAAUAUCAACAAUUUUCUUAUUCAACAACUGGAUCCUCCAUUAAUGAAUUAUGGAGACAAGUAAAGAAAUUAGAUCCAAAUAGAUCUAUUGUUUGGUCAACAAUUGAUCGUUGGCCUUCAAAUAAAGGAUUAGUCGAUGCAUUUGUUACUAAUAUUACUAAGAAAUUAAGUGAAUUCCCAGAAAAUAUAAGAGAUAAAGUUGUCAUUUUGUUUUCUUCUCAUUCGUUACCAAUGGAUGUCGUUAAUACAGGUGAUGCAUAUCCAGCAGAAGUUGCCGCUACAGUAUAUCAAAUUAUGACAAAAUUAAAAUUUAAAAAUCCUUAUAGAUUAACUUGGCAAUCACAGGUCGGACCUAAACCUUGGUUAGGUGCACAAACUUUGGCUAUAUCAAAGUUUUUAAGUGGUAUGGAUUCAUCAAAGAUCCCUGGUAUUUGUCUUGUGCCUGUAUCCUUUACUUCGGAUCAUAUUGAAACUUUACAUGAAGUAGAUAUUGGCAUGAUUGAAGAGUCUGAAUACAAAGAUAAAUUAAAAAGAUGUAAUUCCCUAAAUGAAAGUGAAUUGUUAACCAAAGGUUUAGCAGAAAUGGUUAGAGACCAUUUGAAGAGUGGUGAGUUAUAUUCAAAACAAUUGCCAUUGGAUUACAUUCUUGGUAAGUCAAGCGAUCCAGCCGAUCUUGAACAAUUAUUUGGUGACCACAGAAAGGACAAAAACUAA